UUCGCGUUUGCGUUCCUUCCUCGAACACACAUGCACUGCGGCAAGGUCCGUCGCUUUCCUGGUGCUCAUGUGGUGUGAAAAAAAACGAAAAAACUAAGGAGAAAGCCGGUUUCUCCCUCAAAUCCGGGCCAUCCUCCCCUCUCUCCCGCUGCCAGAAGAACUGGCACUGUCUUCCCGUCUCCUUCUUGCGUUUUCGUUUUUUGUUCUCUUUGUCGGAACAAAUUCUUUCGAAGAACGCGCUCUCGAGUUUGGUUCUCCGCCUUUUUCCCAGUCGCGUCCCCGUCGGUCGCACACACAGCUCGGCGUCUCAUCCGCGUUGUCUUCCUGUCUCAGUGUGCGUCCGCUUCCAGACUCCGCGACAGUCCAUUCUUCUCUCGUUUCUGACUGCGGGCUGCCGUGGAAAAAAGGAACAGACGAGGGAGUAGUGAAUGUUCACUUUCGGGGAACGCGGACGCUCUCAUUCUUCUUCGCUUACCUCUGUCUGCCAGUUGCAUGUUUCCGGCAGCUCACAGAGUCGGAAUCAAACUCUCAAGAGUUCUUCGCCUCUGACCUGUUUUAUUUUUCGCACUCUCCUCAUCCUCUCGGAAGCUCCAACGAGAACGCAACGUCUUUCUUUGCGUGUCUUCCGGUUUUUCUCGUCUCUGUGUGCGCGUCCCUCCCCGUUCCACCCCCUCCUUUCUCUCCAGCCUCUCUCUGUCUGCCUGUUUCACCUGACAUUUCCUCCCCCUCUGUCUCUGUCGUAUUUCUCACGGUGUUUCUCAGCCCCCGCCCCCCAUCUUUUCUGACCUGUGUCUCCCCGCGCUUCUCUCCUUUCUGCCCGCGCUCCCGUCUCUUCUGUGGCCUUCGCCAGCCGUCUCCGUCUCUCCCCACGAUGGCGUUCUUUGACGACUCUUCGAGUUUCUUUUCUUCCCCGUUCGGCGGCGACUUCGGCGGCCCUGCCGGCGGCUCGGAAGCGGGGCUUCGACGCUCAAGUGGUGCCGGUUUCGGCUCCCAGCCGUUCGAAGACUUCGCCUCCCCUUCUCUCUUCUCCUCGCAGCAGGCGCCGAAGCAAAGUCGCUCAGCCGCCUCUUCCUCCUUCCAGGGUACCUCUGCCUCCGGCGCAGAGGGCCUGGUCUACGUCACUGUCGGGAUGCUUCAGAGUGCAGCGAAGGAGAUGCGCGCGGGCGGCGAGAGCACUCAGGCCUUCAGACUUCACGGUAACGACGUCGGUCUGGUGGGUCUCCGAGGCUGGGUGGCGCCUCCAGGGUGCGAGAAGCUUGCAUCGCUGGUCCGCUUCAAGCUGGCGGACGGCACAGGCGAAAUCGAGGUCGAGUACGACAUGGUCGACGGCAAACCAUGGUGGGGGAUCCACGAGGAAGAAGCUGCGGGGGUAGUCCUGCCUGAGGUCGAUGGCCGAUGCGGCGCGGACGAGGCCGAUGGACAAGGGAACCAGAGAGCUGUCGAGGUUCUGGGUGGGAGGCGACGGUUUCUCGAGGUCGGUUCUCUCGUUCGAAUCGCUGCAGGCGUCUCGAUGGACUUGAAGGGUGAAGUUUCUCUCUCGGCCUCCGCCUGCGCCCCCAUCAAAGAUCCCGCCGAAUUCGUUCUCCUCCACCCUGCAGCUGUCGCGCAUGCAGCCGCCACUUUCGCGGCGAGACGCGGCACUCUCCGGCCCCAGGAGGACGAGCCGCCGAAGCAGGAGGCAGAGCGCGGCUUGAAAAAGGUCAAGACGGAAGACCUGAAGCCGACAGAGGCCGACCCCGCGGCUCCCGCAAAUCUGUCGCCUGAUGAGGAGCAGAAGCUUUUGGCGGAUUACAGCCACAUCGAGGACCCUGUCCAGCGCGAGAUCAUUCUCGUUCUUUUGACGCAAGGCGGAGGGGCGAAACGCGCGCCGAAAGCGACGGUGAAGGCCGAGGUUCAGUGCCGAAGCCGUGGAUGCACGGAGGAACAGCUGGACGCUGCGCUAAAGGACCUAGAAGAAGCAGCCGAAAUCAUCGAACAUGCAGGCUUUGUGGCCCUCGCUUGCUAGGGAAACGCAAGAUGGCACAAGAAGAGUGAGGAGGCAGAGGACCCAGGGAAUGAAAUAUGUAUACCUAAGUGGAGGCAUGCGUCUGUGCGUGAGGCGAGGGAAUAAAAACGGAGUCCAGCAGAGACAUUGAAUGGCCUCUCUUGGCCGGAAAACGAAGAGAAAAGACGGGUGGCGGAAGCUCUGAAAAUCCGCAGAGAGAGGGCGAACUAAAGCAGAGAGUAUAUCUAAGAAGAGAUAGGGUGCAAAAGCAGGUCGGGCGGGUGUACAAAAGGAAACAAGGCACCUAGUAUCGCGCGAGGACAGACAACAGCGUAAACGCGCUCGGUGUGAGCAGGCAAAAACACAAUGCAGUGAGAGAAAGCGAAGAUCGAGGCUACGAGACGCGGCAAUGCAACCACAGGCUUUAAGGGAUCUGUGUGUUUUGCGCGUUAUAACUCGGUACGCAGAGUUCUGUCGUCCGUUGUCGUUUCCUGGAGAACGCUGCUGCGCCGGCAUGCGACGGGAGAGACGACCAGCCCAACAAGACACCGCGUGAUGGAAUACAUGUGCGAGUGUCUGCUGCAUACAUAAACGAAAUGAAUCUUUGCCUCUGCGAAAAGGGCGGUGGUAUCGGGCCCCUCCUUUCGUCGCAACAGUUACUCCAAAACAGUCCCAUGAUGUGUGUGGCGAGCGCGAAAAUACGGCAAACGGGAGUCUUCAAGGCCGUGCUGUUCUCGUAGGGAGGUCGGACUUGGCUCAUGGCUGGUUGCUUGUGUUUUAGCGUUUCGUCUUUGCUUUGCCAUUUUUGCCUCGGGAGCCCGCGUGGGAAACCAGUUACCAACACAUCGCUUUCUGCAAGGCUACUUUAAUUUUCAAUUUCAUUCUCCACGGUGUGCAAAAAACGCCAUGCUCAGCUGUCUUCUCGUGCAUGCGCCUGCGGCCUAAAGUCAUGCAACC